AUGCUCAAGAUUGGCGCCCUUACGGCGACCAACUUCGACGCCCCCCUGGGCCCGACUGUGCCUACCGCAUGGAGCCUUCUGCCGGCUCCAAAACCUGUGCCAGAUUUUAGCCGCAUUGUAAAUCGUCAAUCUGAUCCUCAUUGGCUGCCCACGCAUCUCUCUGGAGAGAUACUUGAUGUGACCAAGCGUCUACUCUUCCUCCACCCGCGUGGUAGCCAUCGCGUCGACGACAUUUGUGAUGCGUGGAGUGGCUGCAUCGGCUGCCCAGACGAGCGUAUGGACGCGACCUAUCUGGCUCUGAUGACGGACAUUAUUCCGUCCAUGUCCGGUACCCUCCUUCGCAACGGUGGGCUAUACGAUGCACACAGACUCUUCGCAGAGAUGGAGAAGUGGGCGGAGGGUCACCCUGGCGUCCCAGCCCCGAUGACCAACUCGGUCGCCGAAGCUAUGCAGGCAAUGACUCAUAACCAAACGGUGGUGCUAGACAUUGAGUUCAAGCGGUGUGUUCCCAAGGAGGGCCUUGAGUGGGUAUUCACUCGCACCGCCACAAAGAUGCUUCAUGAAGGAAGGAUGGAUUUGGACAUCACGAUUUGCAAUGCGGAAAUGGAGUUGGUUUGCACCGCACACCAGAUUGUCAUGGUUCUCGAAGCGCAGAGGAAGUUUCGACGCAAGAAGCCAGAGGCAUCAUUGUAG